UAUUCAAUUUUUUUUUAAUUUAGCAUAUUGAACUAUAUGCUAUUAAUUUAAGUUACUAACUAUUUUUUUGUUGUAGGGACUCGUUGAUGCUGUCAAAAAUAUAUUUCCCAAUGCAUCUCAUAGAGUUUAUUGCAGGCAUUUAUACAUGAAUUUCAAGAAAGAGUUCCCUGGACUCAUGCUCAGAGAUGAUUUUUGGAAUGCUGCAAAGAGUACUCAUUCUUAUGAGUUUUGGCUUCACAUGAAGAAUUUGAAGCCCAAGCGAGAUCAAAAGUCAUAUGACUGGUUGAUCAACAUACCAUUCAGUCAAUGGACUAGACAUGUAUUCUGGCCUGAAGCUAAGUGUGACAAUUACACUAACAACAUGACCGAAUCAUUCAAUGCAUGGAUAGUGAAAUUGAGAGGUUUGCCUAUUAUCAAUAUUAUUGAAUCUAUUAGGCAGAAAUGUAUGGUUAGGUUGCAUAGAAGAUUUGCUAAAGCUCAAACAUGGGAAGGGAUAGUUACACCAAGAACAAAGAAAGUAUUGAAUAAAAUCAUUACUGCCAAUAGGUUUCUUAAGUUGCUCCCUGGUAGAAAUGAAGAGUAUGAGGUUCAUGAGGGUCCAUGUAGGUUUGCUGUUAGUUUAGCUAAAAGGACAUGCAGUUGUGGAUGGUGGGAUAUAAGUGGUUUACCAUGCAAGCAUGCUGCUAGAGCAAUUGCAUAUGUUAGGGGCAAUAUUGAAGAGUUUUGCCAUGAAUAUUACACUGUGCAGUGCUAUUCAAGAGCUUAUGCAGGUGCCAUACAUCUUGUUCCUCAAACUGAGCUUGAACCUGAUAAUGAACACCCAUCAAUGUUGCCACCUCUUUUGAGGAGGCAACCAGGAAGGCCAAGGAAGGCUAGAAAGAGAGAUGAGAGUGAACCAUCAGCAAGAGGAAGGAGGACAGCAACUGUCACUUGUGCUAGGUGCUUACAAACAGGCCACAAUAAGAGAACUUGUCAAUAUGCUGCUAUUGGGGCAAAUAUGACUGCAAGUCAAAAGAAGAGAAAACACACUACUGCAUCAGGUGCGGGGACUUCAAGAGGGGUUAAUACUAAUCAAGUGGGAUCAAGUGAUGGACCAACUAUCUAAAGGAGCCUUUGGAAUAUCAAAUGAUUCUUUUUGAGAAUGUUGUUAGUUGAUGGGAUAUAAUUUGUACAUUUUGGGAAAACAUGUA